AUGGCUCUGUCUUCUAGCUUCUCGCUUUCUGUGUUUCUAAUGAUUCUUGUAUCUGUUCAAUGGACUGCGGUUUUCAGUGAAUCAACAAUUUCAGCUUCUCCAGCUGUUUUGCCGUAUAUCAAUGCACCAGAUAUGUCUUCGUUUUUCCCUACUCCGACCAAAACUCGACCAGAGGAUUUUGCUUCCUCUCCUGUUCCGGAAACAGACGCGCCUGGUCCAAGCUCAGGACAGCGUAAGGGGAAGAUUGCAGGCAGCUCCAUGCGGCUCCGUCCUGAUCUUUCUGUGGCUCUUGUCAUUGUUGGGAUCUGUGGCUUUCUAUCUGUACUUUAUUAA